AUGGAAGCCAAAAUCGAUGCCAAGGAAGUGAUCCUAGAAGAGUCAACGGUAAUUACGAAGAACGAGUGGACGUUCUUCAACCCUGCACAGAAAUUGAACCGAGAUAUAUCUGUAGAGCUCAUAAAAGAAUACUUCAAAGACAAGGCCACCAUCAGAAUUUUAGAUGCAAUGUCAGCCACAGGACUGCGAGGAAUAAGAUAUCUUAAGGAAAUAAGUAACUCUACGGUCUACCUGAAUGAUAUUUCCCAAUCAUCUAUCGAAACCAUAAAAUCAAACGUUCUAUUGAAUGGAAUUGAAGACAUGGAGUACUUUGAAUCAAACCUGCAGGAAAUUAGGACAAGUGGAAAUACAAGGGUCAACAUCAUCAAAUCUGAUUGCAAUGUUUUGAUGGGCUCUCUUCCUUGCUUCUUUGAUGUCAUUGACAUAGAUCCCUUUGGGAGCUGCUCUGAAUACAUAGAUAAUGCGCUGCGGGCAAUCAAACACAGAGGGAUUAUAUGUCUUACUGCAACAGACAAGGGGGUCCUAUGCUCUAAUGAGCGAAAGUGUCUCAUAAAGUAUUCUACGGCCAUUAUGAGGGGUGUAGGGAUGAAUGAAACUCCCUUGAGGACUAUUGUGUCUCUAGUAUCAAGGCAGGCGUCGAAAUUUGGCUGUAGUGUGGAGCCAGUGAUGUCUCUGAGUAUCGACUUCUAUGUCAGAAUAUUUCUUCGGAUAGUGAGAAGAAAUCCAAGGUCUGUGAUUGAAAGAAACAGCUUUGUACUGAUGUGCAGAUGCCAUAACAUUACUGAAAUAAGCAACGUACAAAAGGAGAUUGACAACAGAUGCAGCAAUUGCGGUGGAAGAAUGAAGUUGUGUGGGCCGUUCUGGAAUAGGGCUUUGAAUGACACAAGUGUAAUCAAGAAUGUUUUGAACAACACAAGCAGGGAUAACAAAAGAUUGAUUGGAAUCCUGAGGUAUCUGGAACAAGAGCUACCAAACAUGUUUUAUUAUGAGAUUCCAAGGCUAUGCUCCAUCCUAGGCAUCAGUACUAUCAAGCAGUCCAAACUGAUGCAUGCUUUGGCAAACAUGGGGUAUCUGGUAUCCUAUACACACUCUGAACUCAAUGCUAUCAAGACAAAUGCACCAAUUGAUUCAAUAAACAAGGUGUUGCUAUUGAGCAACUCAAACGAUCAAGAAAGGAUAAAGGAGGCUGGAAUAAGGUUCGAUGAGAAUGAAAGUGUAAAGGCCCUUGAGGCCAUGGAGUUCUUCAAGGGGCUUCUGAAGUCUGGGAUGGGGCCCCUUUCUCUUCCCAGGAGAUAUUAA